CAACAUACUGCUGCUUCAUUUCAGUUUGUAGAGUUUAAUUCGUGAAGUUGUGAUGGCGUCUGACAUCAGUGAAGCGUCAUCAUCCGCCGCAGAUCUCAAGCUGCAGUUUGCCCCCUUCAGCAGCGCUCUGGAGGCAGGAUUCUGGCACCAGCUCACUCAGAAGAAGCUCAAUGAGUACAGACUGGAUGAGAGCCCCAAGUGUAUCAAAGGAUACUAUUACAACGGUGAUCCAGUUGGUUUGCCAACUCGUCUGACGUUGGAGUUCAGUGCGUUUGAUGUUGAUGGUCCAACCCCCACUCGCUGCUGUCCAGCUGUUGGAACGUUGUAUAACACCAACACACUGGAUGCCUUCAAGAACACUGAUAAGAAGGCUCUGCUGGAGAAGGAGGCCACAGAGAUAUGGGAUGCUGUGCAGUCUGGAGCUGCAUUGAAGAACCCUUCUAUACUUUGCAGAUUUAUUCUACUGACCUUUUCAGACCUGAAGAAGUACCAUUUCUACUACUGGUUCUGCUUCCCUGCACUUUGCUUCCCAGAGGGGAUAAAGGUUGUCCAACAGCCCGUGGUCUUGGACCAGGUUUUCUCAGCAAGACAGAUCGCAGCCCUGCGGGAAGCGUAUGAUGGCCUGUGUGUCAGCAGAGGGACCUCUGCUCUUCCUUACUUCCUCACAAAAUACACUGACGACACCGUCCACAUGGCUCCACUUGAAGAAUGGGAGACAUUUUUCUCUGAUACUAAAAAUGUUACUGUGGGUGUCUACGAUCCAUGUACUCUGUCUCAACAUCCUGGCUGGCCUCUGAGAAAUCUUUUGGUCCUCUUGGCUACGCAGUGGGGCUCUAAGCUGGACGUGGUGGAGGUGCUGUGCUUCAGGGACAGAACUCUGCAGGGAAGCCGCUCCAUCCAGCACAGCCUCAUCUUUCGAGUCAAGCUGCCUCAACUUCCCAGCAACUCAGUGUGUCCUAAAAGUGUAGGUUGGGAGAAAAACACAAAGGGAGCCUUGGGUCCCAGGAUGGUCAACCUGAGUGAAUGCAUGGACCCGAAAAGGCUUGCAGAGUCAUCCGUUGACCUGAACCUUAAGCUGAUGAGAUGGAGGCUGGUUCCUUCGUUGGACCUGGACAAAGUUGUCAACACUAAGUGUCUUCUUCUGGGUGCUGGGACCCUUGGCUGUAACGUGGCCAGGACUCUCAUGGGAUGGGGAGUGAGACGCAUCACGUUUGUUGACAAUGCAAAGAUCUCGUACUCCAAUCCAGUCCGGCAGCCACUUUAUGAGUUUGAGGACUGCCUCGGAGGAGGAAAAUCAAAAGCUAUGGCAGCCGUUGACCGUCUCACCAAAAUCUUCCCUGGUGUGAACGCAGAGGGUUUUAAUAUGAGCAUCCCAAUGCCUGGCCACCCAGUAAAUUUCUCCCAGGCUACUCUUUCGCAGGCCCAGAAGGACGUGGAGCAGCUGGAGAAGCUCAUUUCAGAGCAUGAUGUGGUGUUUCUGCUAAUGGAUACGAGGGAGAGCCGCUGGCUGCCUACAGUGAUCGCUGCCAGCAAGAGAAAGCUGGUGGUGAAUGCUGCCCUGGGCUUCGACACGUUUGUUGUGAUGCGCCAUGGCCUUAAGAAAUCUUCGAACCAUCAGACUGUUUCUAUAGAGACAGACUCCUCCCCUUCCUGCUCCUCUGCUUCCUCCUCAUCCUCCACACCAGCUGGUUCUGCCCCCCGUGUCCAAGGGUCCUCUCUGUUUUCCAACAUCCCAGGUCAUAAACUGGGCUGCUACUUCUGCAACGAUGUUGUUGCACCAGGAGAUUCUACCAGGGAUCGGACCCUGGAUCAGCAGUGCACAGUAAGCCGGCCAGGCCUUGCCAUGAUUGCUGGGGCUCUCGCUGUGGAGUUGAUGGUGUCCAUCUUACAGCACACUGAAGGGGGCUAUGCAGUGGCCAGCAGCAGUGAUGACAGAAUGAAUGAACCUCCCACUUCGUUGGGUCUCGUGCCACAUCAGAUUCGAGGCUUCCUCUCCAGGUUUGACAACGUGCUGCCUGCCAGUUUAGCCUUUGACAAAUGCACCGCCUGCUCUCCUAAUGUGUUGGACCACUAUGAGAGGGAAGGCUUCAGCUUUCUGUCCAAUGUUUUUAAUUCCUCCCACUCAUUCCUGGAAGACCUAACAGGACUGACACUGUUGCACCAAGAGACGCAGGCUGCAGAGAUUUGGGACAUGAGCGACGAUGACAGCAUCUGAAGGCCUGAAGCAGUAAAACGUGAGCACCACAAGGACUCCACUCUGCAGUCUACAAUGUUUAAUAUCUCCUCAUAUUAAUGAAAUAUUUACACAAACUAAUUUCCUCACUUUAGACACAAAGUGACAACCAGAG